GGCCAACACGUGAAAAAGUAGUGCAUCCCAUCCGUUCAAAAUAAACGCUCCGGAAUGAGUUCCCGACGUGGCGACGGUGGCCGGCGAGUACGCCCCCAGAAGCACCAGAAUUCGUUUGCAUUCAAAAACGAUCUGCACGAUAAGCACACUCCGCUGAUUAAGCUAAUCACCACGCUCAACAUAUGUGAAGUCUGCGAGAGGUGCAAGGAGCAGAUCGAUUGGAAGAUCAAAUACCGCAAGUACAAGCCACUCACUCAGCCGGGAAAGUGUAACAAGUGCAACGAACGGAAAAUCAAACGAGCUUAUCACGUUCUUUGCCGGGAUUGUGCUAUUGAGAGCAAAUGUUGCGCCAAAUGCUUGAAAUCCUGUGAGGAAGUCAGUAUAAUUCCACCGGCACCGACAAUGGAGGAGAAGAUCAAAUUGAAAGUGGAAAUGGAUCAGCUGAUUAAAUAUCUACCAGAGCGUAAAAGGAGGACUUUCCUGCGGUACAUGAACAGGGGUAAAAAGAAGGAGAAAACCCAUGAUGGAGACUUGGAUUACGAAGACCAGGGAGAAAAUAAAAAGGCGGAAAGUAUGCCUCGUACCAGAGAGGAACUAAUGGAAAAGUUUGAACAGCUUAAACUAGCAGGAAAUGAAGGUGAAAAUGGAGAUGAUCUGCUCUCUGAUGAUGAAGACUACGAAGAUUUGAGUGAUGAAGAUUUUUCCAAUUAGGCUAUCAAAAGAAAAGUAAAAUAAACAUAUAUCCUUACCACUAC